ACCUAUGGUGUAAUAAAAAAAAAUUACAAAGCAGGCCGGCCCAUCGAUCCAAAGAAAGAAUCCAUCGCCGGAACUCCGAACCGCCGCACUACUGUGGUUAGAAUGAGAAAACCAGCAGCACUAUAUUGAAAGAGAGAAAAACGAUGAAGAGUAGUUGUAGGGUAUGGUGGCCGGGACACCUGUCCCCCAAAACAACACCGCAAUCUUCCAGCUUCUUAUUCGGCUGGUUCCUUUCAUCAUCUUCAGAUUCGAUUGAAAUUGUAGUAGCAUUUUCAAUUGGUGAGGCUUCCUUCUACUCUGCUUCCAUUGGAUCUCAACUUCAGGGCAUGCUUAACAAGAUUAAUAAAAGAAUGCCAAUGUCUCUACAAAAUAGAUGUGGGCUUUCUAUGCUGGGUUAUUGCUCAGCAGAUUCUUCUAGCAAUGGUGAGUUGCAUUUGGAUGGGGGAGGAGCAGACGAAAAUGGUCAAAUCAGUUUCUUGCCUGUUAAUUAUGUUCAACACACUGAACAAAAUAUAUUGAAGGGUAAAAGUGGACAAUCGAUGUGUGCAUGUGAUAAACUUGAUGGAUUGCGAGAACGACAUCGAUGUGGCACAGAAAGUGAUCCGGUUCAACAUAUUUAUUGUUCUUACAUCUACUCUGGUAGAAAGUUGGGGUGGAUUCCAAAAUUACAGCACAUACAUUGGGAUGGACAGGUUGUUUCCUGUCUUGAUCUCCACGUAUUAAUCUACGGAAUUCCUAGUUUUGGUGGUCACCAUUUCUCCUUGGGUCCCCAACAUUCUUCUGGGCACACCAGAACUUUUUCAAAAAAACCUAAGUGGGUGGAAGACCUUGGCCAAAAGAAAUCUGUUCUUGACUUGGAGGCUGUCAUUCUUGCUACCAAUUGUGCUGCUGCUGCCACCUCAUUUGUGGAAGAACACGUGUCACCUGACAGACCUGCACUCUGGUUCCAUAGGUUUAUCGUAUUGAUUUGGAAACUAUUAGCUGUAUGUAUUGCAUCAGUUUCUACAAUCGUGUAUAUAGUUCUCCAGCUACUCCAUUUCCUUUCAAGUUAUGGAAUAGAGUCUAGCAUAUAUGUCACAUUAGAAAGUUUAUUUAUUCACACCUGGAAGAACAUUCGUUUCCGAUGCUGUCAAAUCUUGUACUGGCCGAUCUUUCUUCACAACAACGGUUCCAGGUCUGAAUCGUGUGUAGAGUAUGCAGAGAAAGCUUCAGUAUGCAAACAUUCCAUUUGGUUGAGUGUGGUUAUUGAUCUGCUCCUGGGCAACUUUAUUGGCUUCACGUUGCUAAUUUAUGCAGAUUCUGUUUGUGUGUACAUUUUGGCCAUCGCCAGUGAUAUUACAAACAAUUGGUGGCUUAUAAGCUGUGCCAGGUUAAUGGGAAACCCUGCUGGUUUCAAGCUGAACACUGAGCUUGCAGGAGUUUUUGGCACCCUUUCCCUCAAUACUAUUCAAAUUUGGUCUACAGUAUGGGGCUCUGCGCAUCUUCUGUUUACUUUUCUCAUUAAAGGAUUGGCAAUAUCUGGGGUUUCUUUUGGCUUAACAACCCCUGCUGCAUUAAUAGUUGACGUGAUUACUGUUUCAACUACACAUGUGUCAACUUUGCAUUGGUUAAUCUCCCUUCUUUAUUCAAAACAGAUACAGGCAAUAACAGCAUUGUGGCGUCUUUUCAGGGGUCAAAAAUGGAACCCUCUCCGUGAGAGGCUAGAUAGCUAUGAUUACACAGUGGAACAACACAUUGUUGGUUCUCUCUUGUUUACUCCGCUUUUGCUUCUGCUACCAACUACUUCAGCUUUCUAUAUGUCCUUCACCAUUAUGAAUAUGACCAUUGACUUUAUAUGCGUGAUUAUUGAAGUCACCAUAUCGGUAAUCCAUGCUACACCCUAUGCCAAAAUUUUGCUUUGGUUGCUGAGGCCAAGCAGAUUUCCUUGUGGGAUUUGGUUUGAGAUAUUUUCUAUUAAGGAGGUGGUACAAGAAACAAUUGAUUUCAGAACUAGUAGAUCAGAUGUUUUGGUGUCAUCUCUUCAUAAUUACUCUUAUAAUAUUGGAGAGUUGGUGCGGCCACAUUUCCAAUACCUAAGCUCUGCUGUAUCAAGAUCAUCACUUCGUUCAUCAGUCUACAGAGUUUUUAGUGGAAGAAGGCUGUCUUCUCCUCUAUACAACCUUCCAUUUGCUCCUGGUACUGGUCUCUCUUCAAAAAUGCCAUGGAUGUGCAUCCCGUUAAAGGAAUAUUGGAUCCUUUGUCAUGAUGCUGUUUUUGCAUGCAACCCUUUUCACACACAGAGUAAUUUUGAGUAGGAGGUUCUUAAGCUGAUCUGAGCCCAUUAAUUUGGGAACUUUCGCAAUAUUUGUAUAUUCUUAGAAUUUUUAACUACCUUUGUGGAUCAGAAUUAGACAAUAGUUAUUUACACUUCACUGUUUAGGUUUAACUUGAGGCACACAGUUCAUUGUUUUUCUCAAGUGUGCACCUGUUGAAAUUUUGGUAUUCAUUGGCAGGUCCAGAUUAUGUAACCUUGGUAUUUCA